AUGGCGGGCAGUCUAACACGAGAGGUGAUAACUCUCCAAUUUGGUCAUUACUCCAACUUUGUCGGUACUCACUGGUGGAAUAUUCAAGAAUCUAGCUUCUGCUAUGACCCUAGUUCUUCAUUUCAACAAGAAAUUAACCACGAUGUGUUGUUUAGGGAAGGUUUAACUUUACAGGGCGACCAAACUUACACUCCAAGGUUGUUGGUGUUCGAUUUGAAAGGAAGUCUAAAAAAUCUACCAAAAUAUGGAACUUUGUAUCAGACUCCAUCUGACGGCCACGAAACCUUGUGGGAAGGGGCAGUUUCUGUACAUGAAUCAGAACCAGAACCUAAAAAUGAAUUUCAAAUGGACUUGGAAGCGGUACUGGAGUCUGAGAACGAUCGCGAAACAGAAGUUUCUGUUGACAAUAAAACGCUUGAUCAGGAUCCUGUCGAUAAAAACCCAAGAGAAAAGUAUUAUGACCUGGAUAAAAAUGUCUUUGUGUGGUCAGACUUCUUAGGAACCUGCUUGCAUCCGAAAUCAAUUCAGCUUGUGCGGGAUUACCUGCAUGAUGGAAGCACUAGUCCAUUUGAUGUGUUUGGAUACGGACAGUCUGUAGCCAAAGAUGAACACUUUUAUGAUGAGUUUGAAAGCAAUCUUCAUUUCUUUGUCGAGGAAUGUGACAGUCUACAGGGAUUCCAGAUAUUCUCUGAUGUAUAUAAUGGUUUUGGUGGCAUAAGCAGCCAGCUACUUGAAGACCUAAGAGAUGAGUAUGGGAAUAAAUCGUUUCUUACAUUUGGAGUUACACCAACUGAAUUUCCCAAGGAAGCACAUAAAGAUGCUGUUCAUAGAAUCCUGAAUUCAGCUCUGAGUUUUGGUCAGUUGGCAUUAAACAGUGAUCUGUUUGUACCUAUGUCACUUGCUCAAGAGGUGUGGCCACACCUGGGACAAGCCAGGGAUUUUCCUCUUUUAGAUUACAAGCCUGCUUUGUCAUACCACACCAGUGCAGUGUUGGGAGCAUGUGUGGACACAAUCACUAUGCCUUACCGGCUCCUCACACCUCAGGCAGUCAACAUGAACAGCUUUGUAAAUAGUGUGGCAUUUGGAGAGAGAAAGAUUGCCAGCCUCUCGUUGACUUUCCCUUUACCCAUAGAAGAUGCUAUUCCUUUGUCGUCCCUUCUAGGCUCUACACUGAGUAGAAAUGGAACAGAACUUUUUCAGUCAGUAACUCCUGGUAUUUCACAUUCUUCCUCUCUUAUAUCUCAGUCUGCAGUCAUAAGAGGCAUCCCUGCUUCUUUCACCCAUACACCUCAACAAAACAUCCAGUCCCAGAAUUCUGUGUUGCAUGAGAACCCAUUUGAAGUUUGCACAACUGCUAGUGAAAUGGUUCAAACAUUUCUGCAAAAUUUACACCCUCAGACUCAACCUGUGUGUUGGAAUGUCAAUCAAACUUGUAUGGUCAAGCCUCCUUUUCCAAAUAUUUUCGGCUCAAGAGUAACCAAUGAUGGACUUGUUGUUGAUGGAUAUACAAGACCAGAGAGUGUACGAGUGAGUCAGACAAGUGUUCUUAGUCGUCUCGAGACAAAUUCCGGCAUCGCUAGUAUGCUUCUGUCAUUGAUUCAGUGGGCAAAAAGAGUAAAUAUCAGUAAGCAUCAUUUGUUUUUGGAAUCAGGUACUGAAGAAGAAACAUUUAAAGAAAUGCUUGAAGAUUUGACUAGUUUGUCUCAGCGUUACGUGAACCCGUGAUACAGUAAAAUAGAGAGUUCUUUAAAGAACAGAUUCACUUCGUUGUAAUAGCCCACGAAAAUUUCGCCUGAAAAUCCCAGGCAAUCUCUCAUCCCCUGGGUAAAAUAACAAAUAAAAGGAAGCGUUUCAAUUAGUGCUAGAAUCUUUUUAUCUUUAAAUUAAAGAAAGUUUCCUCUGUCUACGUAUGUUACAAUGAAGUGAAACCAAAAUCUUUAGAUUCAGUGACUGAAAUUUCUCCUCGGUGAAAUAAUGCAUCUUUCCCACGAAAAUUGAUAAGGCUUUUAGGAAUUGGCAACGUCUCACGAUUUUUACCUAUAGGUCUCAGACUGCGAUAGACGUUUGCUUCUGGUUGUUGUAAUCUACAUGAAACGACUUCCUAAGUUUGCGCACUAUCUUACCGGUCGGCUGCGAUGUACACCCUGUAGGAAAACUCCGGCUUUAAAACCACCUUAUCCACUUUCUGUGUCUUCGACGGAAGAACAAAUUAGUUUGAACUGUUUCUGCCAGUUAAAAGAAUUGUUUUUCUGUGCGAAUCAGUGUAGCAGACAUCUCAAUACUAAACGGAAAAAAUGACGUUUGAAUCGACGGAUUGUACGCCACAAAGAUCUACGUCAAGCGCGAGAAAAGAAAUGCACGCGCGCGGUAGUUAGGGUCGCUUUACAAAAUUC